GUAACUGCAUGGACCCUGGGUGGGUGAAGAGUCAUGACUAUACCCCCAGUGGUCCAGAGAACCUGCAGGUGUCAGUAGUAACCAGAGAAGAUGACCGUGGACAGCUGCAGCCCAUUCUGCAUGCUGAUUGGACAUUAAAGGAUGAUGGAAGCAUACAUUAUCUGAAGGCCACUGAGCUUCAUGUUCUAGUGAUGUCCACCAAUCGGAACCAAUGUAUUAGAUACUCUUUUAAGGACAAGCUUCCGAUGCGAAGUCCAUCAUGGGAGAAGUGGUCAUUCUCUUCUCAUGCGCUGGUKUUACAACCCAGGGAGGAGUACAUUGUGUCUGUCUUCAACAUCCCCAAACCAGAACAAGGACACACCCAUUUUGACGUCAAAAGAACUGUUCUCGUCCCUGGCUGCCAAGAUUCCAGAAUUCAGAGGACUCAGUUUUGCUUGGAAACAGGAGAAGACUGGAAACCCAAUAUCACUGUGUCUAGAAAUACUUCUCUUGUUGUGAGCUUCAGUCCUCACAUCCUGUCUAAGAAGUACACAGUCAUUGUUUCAUGUGGCGAUGACCAAAACACUGCUGCGGUUUUUUUAAAGAUGGAUCAGAUGAGCCUGAAUACCAUGUUUGACCUUGAUUUAUGGCCAAAAUCCUGCUGCAUCUUUGAUGUUGUGAUCAAACCUUUUUUCCCAAAAUGUGACAAUGACUGUACCCGUCGAAAGACGACAACAUAUAUUUGUACAAAAGCAGAAAACCCUCRUCAGGAUUUUUCUCCUUACAUAUUUGUUGCCAUGGGAAUCGUGUCCAUGUUCAUUUUAUUGGCAGUUGUUUUGUAUUUUCUCUGCCGCAAGAAAGGCAAACCUUUUAUCACUCCUUCACCUGAGGAACCACCACAGCUGCCAGAAUCACCUCCAAAAGUCCUGGUCAUCUACUCCCAGGACCACCACCUGUACAGGGACGUAGUGCUCAAGUUGUGUGCUUUCCUCCAGGCCAAAUGUGGCACCAGGGUGCUGGUGGAUCUGCUGGACACCACCUCGGUCAGCAUGGUGGGUCGUGUUCGCUGGCUCGAAUGGCAGCGACAACAGUUGAAAAACCCCUGCGACAAAAUCCUGGUGUUGUGCUCCCGUGGCGUUCAGGCAAAGUGGAGGGCCAUGUGUGGCCAGGGGCCGGUGCUGCUCAGGGAAGAUGUUUUGUCUCCCACAGACGACAUGCUCACCCCGUUUCUUAAUCUGUUCCUGCCAGACAUGCACAAGGCUGGGAGGCUGGGUAAAUACAUGGUGGCUUACUUUGAAGACAUCAGCAGUGAAGAAGACGUGCCUUCUGUUUUUGACAUUGGAGUCAGAUACACCUUGAUGAAGCACUUUGAGGAACUGUACUUUCGCAUCUUAGACAUCGAGAAGUAUCAGCCAGGACAGGUCAACCACAUUGAGGGAAUUAGUGGGGACGAAUACGUCAACUGYCCCUCGGGUAGAGCCCUGCAGAAUGCCAUCACAACCUUUCAGGCCUACCAGUUAGAAAAUCCUAACUGGUUUGAGAAGGAGUGUGUGCUCAGUGAGGAGGAGGUCAUYACAGAAGCCAACAAGCUCACUGUGCCCCUGCAGACCCCUCCUGUCUAUGAGUGUGUUGUCCCAGUCAGCGAGGGUCCUUCUGUCUACAUUCACAAUGUGGAUCUGAAUGAAAACUGCCACAGUGGUCACAUUCUUAUCCCUGAUCUGAUACCAGAGAACCAUACGUCAUCAGUGGCAGAACUUCUCCCGAUCCUAAAUCCUGAGUGGGAACAUCACUACUUAUCAAGCCAGGUGGAAGUUUUGACCAAUCCCAGCUCCCGUCUACAGUCUGUCUGCAUAGCUGAGCYUGUUUUAAAUAACCAACCACCGGUGCAGCGGAACUACCUGUUCCUUAAUGAGAACCACUUGCCUGAAAUGCCCACUGAGGAUGAUGAAGAGGAGUCUUUACUGCCUAUAAACAAAGCCUGCUCAGUUCUGCAGCAUUCUGUGGACUCGGGUCCUCCAGACUCUUCACACUCUUUGAUCCAGAGUCAUCAUUUACCAUCAGCUGAAGUCAUCCUCUCCCAGCCUGUGGAGGUGCAGGAGGAGCUGAGUGAGAAGCGCUCCAGCAGUGGAUCUGAUCAAGGCUACAUCUCAAAGACAUCUUUUGAGGUUGAAGCCUCUGCUAAAGAGGACCUACUGAGGGAUUUGGUAAGACUGCAGGAGGAGUGUUAUCAGUAUAGCAUGAAGGAGCACUUUCCUGACGAUGAAGACAUCAUGACCUGAGGUCUAGUUUCCUAACAGAACUCAAGUAUUUCCUUUAAAGUAACUUUUGGUGUAAAUAUUAUCAGUUUCCUCAGUGGAAGGUAGGCCCCUCCCACCAGGCACAUCAUUUCCUGAUUUUGCCCCAAUGAACAACUUCAUGUUUCUUUCUAAUAAAUUGCAUUGGUUUCAACACAAAAAAAAUAAAUACAAAGUUAACAUUUCA